AUGGACGGAAGGAAAACCGAAAACCACAAUAUGAAUAGCAAAAGUAAAGAUAUUGUUACUACUCCAGGGGGACAGGACCAUCAGGAGUCGUUGGUAGUAGGUGGAUCUGGUGUAAAAAUCAGGUCCAACGGAGCGGGCUUGCUACUUUCGUUACCAGUCAACCGUGACAAAUCGGAUGAGGGGGUGUCCAGCAUGGCCCCGGAUUCCGACAAAAAUGCUACUGCUGAGACAGACGUGCCUCCGGGUACGCACAAGAGGGAUAUGUUUUUUUUUUUAUUUAUCAGAUUUUAG